AUACCUCCCGGAUUUCAAAAAUCACGAGGGUGGCCAUGAGGGAUUCGGUCGCCGCCGGGACACACGCUGGUCGCGUGCGGGCGCGCUGACGUGCGAGCUGCUGUGUGAUUCGAUUAUCGAUCACGGGAUCCGUCACGGAACGAGGGGAGGAGGGUGCGCGCACCGCGCUCGAGGAUGCUCGCGGAAAAGGCGACGUGGAAUCCGGCCGCGGGGCAAUCCGGAACCGCGGGAAACGGUGCCGAUUCGAUAGAUUGAUGGACCUGCCGACGGAAAGGCCGAUCGCGUCGCAACCAUGCAUCUGCACUUUGAGAAGAAUAACAACGCCAAGUGCGAUUGCAAUAUCCUGUCGCUCAGCUGGAUGGGCAAAGUGCCGGACGAGUCGCCGGAGGAUGAAGGAUGGAAGCUCGAUCGUACAAAUUACUACCAAGAAGGAUGGCUGGCCACCGGCAACGCUCGCGGCUUGGUAGGGGUGACUUUUACUACAUCGCAUUGUCGCACCAGAACCGCAGAACUUCCACUCAGGGCAAAUUACAAUCUCCGAGGACACCGUAGCGAAGUGAUACUCGUCAAAUGGAACGAACCCUACCAAAAACUAGCUUCGUGCGACAGUUCGGGUGUAAUCUUCGUUUGGAUCAAAUACGACGGACGAUGGAGUAUAGAAUUAAUCAACGACAGAAGCACACCUGUUACGCAUUUUUCUUGGUCCCACGACGGUCGCAUGGCUCUUAUAUGUUACAGGGAUGGUUUCGUACUGGUUGGGAGUGUCGCCGGUCAAAGAUAUUGGUCGUCGAUGCUCAACGACAAAGCGACGAUAACAUGCGGCAUUUGGACUCCGGACGAUCAGCAGGUCUAUUUCGGGACCACCGCGGGCCAGUUAAUCGUUAUGGACGUUCACGGGGCUAUGGUGUCGGAGGUACAAUUGGCGGCCGGUGUCACGUCGAUGGCGUGGAGCGCCGAGAAGUUCACUAUGGAGGAGGACGAGACGUGUGACCGAUCUCAGAAAGAUGACCGGAAUUACGUCCUAGCCGUUUGCCUCGCUGACGGCAACAUCGUCAUGUUACGAUCGUUCGACGACGUAUCGCCCAUCACGAUACGCAGCAAUCUGAAGCCGCCUUUGCACGCCGAGUGGAGCAACUCUAGAAAACUGCUCGCUAUCGCAGGCACAAAAGAGUCCGAACAUCUUCAUCCGGGAAGUCCACAGGAGUAUACGAAUCUGCUCAAGUUCUACUCGGUCAAUGGCACUCUCGUAUACACGACUGAGAUUCCGUACACGCAAUGCCCUGUGUCGGCAUUGACAUGGGGACACAACGACAGGCGACUCUUCGUAGCGACCGGGGCGCGCGUCCACGCCGCUUGGGUCUCCAGGAGAGUGGGCUCGCUACAACUGUUGUCGAGGCUAGCGGUGAGAGCGGCUCUCACGAGGGAAUCCAAUGUUCAACAGCUUCCAUUACCGCCACGAUUGAGAGCUUCGGUGGCCGCCCUGUUCGCUAACACGAUACGAUGUUUAGUGCCGGAACCGAGGGAACUGCGACGCUUCGUGUCGAGACCACCGCCCGGAGGUAGCCGGUUGCAUUGCACCAUGCUCAGACACGCCAUCGAGCCCGUGCCAUAUUACACACUCUAUCUGGAAUACUUAGGCGGUCUCGUGCCACUCCUCAAAGGUAGACGGACUAGCAAGAUCCGACCCGAGUUUGUGAUAUUUGACCCGCAGAACCAGGAGACUCUGCAAGUGUUCGACGACAUGUCGCAGUGUCCGUCGUAUAGCGACGGUUCGGAUACCGAGAAGGACACCGCGGAUUUAUGCGGAUCGCCUCGAUAUCGGAAGAAGAACAGAAAGAAGCGGGACGAGAGACCGAGCGACGAAGCCACGGAACGAGAAGAGAAGCUGAAUGAUCUCGCAUAUGUAGAUACUUUGCCGGAGCACGCGAGACUAGUUGAAGUAACGUCAAAUAUCUGGGGCACGAAAUUCAAGUUUCACGGCUUGGCGGACUCCAUUCCCGCGAACCUAGGUCAAGUGACUUAUCGCACGUCGUUGCUGCAUUUGCAACCCAGACAAAUGACGCUCGUGAUGACGGAGCUCCGAGACGAUCUACCUGCAGGUCCAGAUCCGACGUUCAAUCCGAAUCUAUUCUCCGAGGACGAAGAGGAGUCGUAUCAGGAAUCGAGCUCGCGAGCCACCCCGGAAGCGCAACCACCGCCAAUCGCGCCGAUGACACCUCGCAACGCUCGUCUGAAUCAUCCGAAUCGACCCAAGUCGCAAAUGUCGAAUCAGUUCCUGGCGACGGAGACGUUGCCGACGUCGCUGGGGAAGAUCGAGAGCUAUGAGAGCGAGUACGUGCCGUACGUAGAUUUGCAGGACGUGGGUAAUCUGUACGAGAAUAUUAGAAACGCCCCCACCAACACGUAUCGUACGCCACCAAGACACAAUCCGCCGCGAUGCUGCGACGUGCCGACUCUACAAUCACCAAAAAACGCAGUCGCGCCCACGCAGACGUUGAUAGCGACGUCGAACGCGGGCGCCGAUUACGCCAACAGCAUUCAGAGGAUGAAGAAUGUUCUCGCGGACGUUCAGCAGACCGGCGUGGCGACGAAGAAGGAGCUCGAGAACAACAAGCUCAAUCAGAUCGCGUCGGACGAUAAGCCAUGCCUGAUGUCGAACGCUUGUCCAGCGAACAUCAUUUCCAUGCAAAAUGGCCAGGUCGCGGAAGCGUCGAGCAGUCGAUACUCAAUCUCUCAGAGUCCGGUUACGAACGGUCUCGAGAAUGUCGAUUGCACCCCGGCCGUAUACCUGAACGGUCUAAAUAAUAUGGCGUGCGCGAGCAACGUCUUGCCGCAUGCCGUCCAUCAAUCAGCGAUGUCGCAGAGCGCUCACAGUUUUGUACAUAGUAAGAAUAAUCAAAAUACCGGGGCGAGUUUCAAUGCGACGUCGUCGAAUAACAACGGCUCUUCUCAGAUCGGACAAGCCGCGGGUUUACUCGUCAGUAAAAACGGCGUACACGGGAUAGUAUCACCCGCGUGUUCCUAUCAGUUCCCGGAGAACAUCGAACAGUGCUUCGGAUCGUCGUGCUCCCAAUGUUUCGCGAAGCAAAAGGAUCCCAAGUGUCACGUAUGUUACGGCAAGACGAAUGCCGGAACGCCGGGUGUCGUUAAACUCGACGAGGAUCUGAUGCGAUUCAGCGACGAGGAUAUCAGUUGCGGCGAUACGGGAAUAUCGCGGGGCGUUCACAGAACCUCGACGGUGAUCAGUAUCGGACCAAUGUGCUCUAACGACUCGAUAGUCAGGAGUUGCAGCGUCGGUUAUCUGGACCUGGUAGAUGCUCAACUAGUGCCGUGCGACGUGGCAUUGCGAAUGCUGCGGAGAGACGCGCCGAACAAGAGACUGGUAUUGGUAUCGCGAAAAACAAAACGGCGAAAAAGGAACAAGCCUCAGUCACAACUCGACACAAGCCAGCCGAGCUCAAAGCCACCUAGAUUACGCAAUUGCGGCAAGUCCAAGAGUCUAGAUUCUAGUGAUAUCUUUCCGAGCAACGAGCAAAUAGCCUCCCCGCCGCAAUUGCCGGAACAUGUGGAGGAAACGACGGGGGCAGUGAAUAAUUCCGAGGUCGUCGAAGACAGUCCAGUUAAAUGCGACGAAUCGGAACCGCCGAAAAAUGCGACGUGCGAGAUCGUCGACAAACGUGAGGAGAGCAACGGACAUGUCAUUCACGAGACUCAUAUCGGAGAGAAGCCGAGCCGACCGCAAGCUGCCGCGUCACCCGUCAAAGGAUCGAGCCCGAGCGGAUCGUUCGUCUCGUCACUCGACGGUCUCGCCGCGAGACUUCGAGAUUUCGAUGACAGUCAUUCCUUGCCACCUCCUUCUCCUCGGCCAUCAUCGAGAUUGCCGAGGAGUUCGCCGAGUAGUCCAGCACCGUCUAAGAAAGGCAAGAGACCGGCGUCGGCUUCUCCGAUCCGUAGAAGGCUAUUGUCAAGUCCGUUGCUGAGCAGAAGGAUGCGAAAGAAUCGUGGCGAAAGCUCGGACGAGGAGGGUCUUCUCCAGGACGAUUCCUCGUCAACGACGAGUUAUCGGGAUUUAGAAACAUUCCAGAAGGCUCAAUUACGUCAGAAGCUCAAGCAAAGAGGAGUAGGAAUCUCCAAACCGGAAGCGAUAAGGCGCGAUGCACAACUGGUGAUGCACAAUAAGGCGCCCAUGUGGAACGAAUCCAGCCAAGUGUAUCAGCUCGAUUUCGGCGGCAGAGUGACUCAGGAAAGCGCCAAGAACUUUCAAAUCGAGUUCAGAGGUAGACAGGUAAUGCAGUUCGGAAGAAUAGAUGGCAACGCGUACACAUUGGAUUUCCAAUAUCCGUUCAGUGCUUUGCAAGCAUUCGCCGUCGCUCUGGCGAACGUCACGCAACGACUUAAGUAACUAUCGCUCUACGACACGUUUAAACUCUACGAUGGAAAAAAGCUGCGAAACACGUGUCUGAGAGCGUAUUAAAAAUCCGCGAGAGUUCGAUCUUUAAAAAUAAAAGAUCUCGCGCGAGGCCUUUAAAAUUGUCGAGAUCACGGGGUUCCGUUCACCAACUGUCCGAGAUAACGUAUCGACGUAUAUGCCGAGACGAUAAUGGUCAAGCGAGUAAUUUCUGUCUCGCACCGUCGAUUUUAUCAUGGUGAAAAGGAUCGUGUAGCCAGGACGAGAAGAUCGUCAGCCGAGACGUGGACGACUCGCAUGUUUCGAGGACGAUGCGCAGUGAAGAAUAUACGCUAAUUUUCGCGAGUGCAGUUGCGAGCGAUUUGAAUUUGAGUGGAACACAAAGAUUUUGUGUCGGCAGCUAUGUUUUGUUGAAUGCUUCUUCGUCGUACCGUCCAAAAUAUUUCGUUUCUCCCAACUUCGAGCGCUCAUUUGGUAUAGUUUAUGCGACACGUUGGAGUCUAGUGACGCUGUUGAUGGUUUACCUCGUUCAUUUUUGCCGAGUGUGUGAAUUCGAAUUUUAUAUAAAUAUAUAUAAAUAUAUAUUAUAUAUUGACAGAUUCUCGCACGCGCACAGGCGAGUGUUUCAUGUUGUUCAAUUAAAUGUUUCUUAACGCGUAUGGUAAAAUUAACGAUAAUAAUAGUAACGAUACUGAUAACGCUAAUAAUAAUAACGAUAAGAGUAACGAUUGUAACGUAACGUUUGACGUCCGGCCUGUCUUCGCCAUUAAUGAGAUAACGGGGCAGACUAAUCCUAAGGAGAGAGCGAGAUAUCGAAAGAUCAGAGCGAAAGUAUGCACCGAGUGUAUAUACGCGAAUGUUUAUGCAUCGCUAAAUAAGUCGUCUGUAUCUACCAUCGAAGUCGCACAGUCACAUCUGGUGCUCGCUUCGUCGGCAAAAAAUUCGCCGAGCACGCAAAUAUUCCGACGAUGGUGUAUAUAAGAGUCAAGAUUCCCCCUCGCAAUCUGCCCGAUCCGCGCGAUACGGAAUUGUUUCUCGAUGCUCCUCUUCGUCGCUCUUAGUCGCCCGGAUCUUAAAUCACGUAACGUCUCACAAGAUCAUAUUUUCUCACAUCCGCAGCAUCGAGCGUUACGGUAAUUCGGAGCGUCGCUGCUUCGUUAACUAACGGCGUUAAUCCGGAUUCAGAUGCCUUUUUUACACCGCGAGUCGCACGUUUCGAAUUUACAUCCGCAUCCAGCAUCCGUUCGUGACGGAUCCUAUCCAUUAGCGACAGCGUAUAUAGUUUUAGAAAUUUUCGGACAUUCGCACUGAUCGUCGAAAUGCUGAACGAUAGAUCGAUUGAUCGGUUCUCUAGUCGUCCCUACAUAUUACUUCACA